AUGGCAAACCCUCCAAAGCCAUGGAAAGUAGAGUAUGCGAAGUCGUCAAGAUCAUCGUGCAAGACUUGCAAGAAAACCAUUGACAAGGAGAAACUCAGACUUGGCAAGAUGGUUCAAGCCACCCAAUUUGAUGGGUUCAUGCCUAUGUGGAACCAUGCUGACUGCAUCUUAAGGAAAUCAAAUCAGAUUAAGUCGGUUGAUGAUGUUGAAGGUUUAGAAACGCUUCGUUGGGAAGAUCAGCAGAGGAUUAGAAAAUACGUAGAAGAUGGUGCACAGACGAAUUCCACUUCACCUGCUGUUAUGGAAUGCGGUGUUGAAGUUUCGCAAACAUCUCGUGCUGCUUGUCGGAGCUGCAACCAAAAGAUCAUGAAGGGUGAGAUUCGCAUAUCAACCAAGCCGGAGGGUCAAGGUGCCAGAUCCUUGGCAUGGCACCAUGCAAAUUGUUUCAUGAAAACUUUUCCAACUUCCGAAGUAGAGAAAUUUUACGGAUGGGGCAGUCUUCCUACCCCUGACCAGGCAACACUUCUUUCUUUCGUUGGGAAGAAUCCUUCCACAUCAAAAGUCACAAAAGUUGAGCAAAAAGAGGAGAGAGAACUCUUACAAGAAUCAACGUCCAAAGGUGGGGCCAAGAGGAAAAGAACCACUGAAAGUGACCCGAAAUCAAAGCUUUCUAAAGCUGGAGUGCAUGCUUGUACGAGCCAGACAGUUUCUGAAAGUAAAGACGAAAACUCUAAAGCAUCGGACCUUGAAAGCCAACUGGAGAUGCAGACAAGGAUGUUAUGGGCCCUGAAAGAUGAUCUCAAAAAGCAUGUGGCAACAUCAGAGUUACGAGAGAUGCUUGAAGAAAAUAAUCAAGAUUCAAAAGGAUCAGAACUUGAUUUGCGAGAGCGGUGUGCCGAUGGAAUGCUCUUUGGAGCACUUGCAAGAUGCCAAUUAUGUUCUGGAUGUCUUCGUUAUACCUUGGGCAUGUACAGAUGUUGCGGAUAUUUAUCAGAGUGGAGCAAGUGUUCGUACUCUACUGCUGAACCACAACGUGCUAAGGGAAAGUGGAAAAUCCCCAAAAAUACAAGCAAUGAAUAUCUUCUUAAGUGGUUCAAGUCACAGAAGGCAAAAAAACCAGCAAGAGUAUUGCCUCCAUCUUCACCAUGCACAUCAGGCAGUCAAGCUGUUAAGGGACUGGGCCCGUCCUCAAAGGUUGAAAAUAUUGGAGAUUUAAAAGUUGCCAUUUCUGGAGCUCCUAAUGAAUCCAUAGUGGAAUGGAAGAGAAAAAUUGAGGAAGCGGGUGGACAGGUUCACGCCAAGAUCAAAAAAGAAACCAAUUGCUUAGUUGUAAGUGGUGCAUUGAAUGACCAUGAUACUGAGAUAAGAAAAGCAAGGAGGAUGAAGUUACCUAUUGUGAGGGAAGAUUAUUUGGUCGAUUGCAUUAAAAGACAGAAAAAACUCCCUUUUGACCCGUACAAAAUAGAAUCCCUUGAGAAACAUAGUACGGUUACUGUCAAGGUGAAAGGGCGGAGUGCUGUGCAUGAAUUAUCUGGCUUGCAAGAUUGCGGACAUAUUCUUGAGGAUAGGAAAAGCAUUUACAAUACAACUUUGAAUAUGUCUGACUUGUCAACUGGUGUUAAUAGUUACUACAUUCUUCAAAUCAUACAAGAUGACAAAAGCUCUGAUUGUUACGUCUUCCGGAAAUGGGGACGAGUGGGAAAUGAAAAAAUUGGAGGAAACAAGUUAGAGGAAAUGUCUAAAUCAGACGCUAUACAAGAAUUCAAGCGUUUGUUUCUUGAGAAGACUGGGAACACAUGGGAGGCAUGGGAAGAAAAGAAAAACUUUCAGAAGCAACCUGGCAGAUUCUAUCCAUUGGACAUUGAUUAUGGGGUUAAUAAAGAUGUGUCUAGGAAGAAAGAGCUUGAUUACACAAGUAGUCAACUUGCAUCGCAGCUGGUGGAAUUAAUGAAGAUGCUCUUCAACGUGGAGACAUACAGGGCUGCAAUGAUGGAAUUUGAGAUAAAUUUGUCAGAAAUGCCUCUAGGAAAACUAAGCAAAAGUAACAUCCAAAAAGGUUUCGAGGCUUUAACACAGAUACAAAAUUUGAUAAAUAGCACAACUCAUGCUCCUUCUGUCAAAGAGAGUCUGCUCGUUGAUGCUAGCAACAGAUUUUUCACAGUUAUACCUUCUAUCUAUCCGCAUGUGAUUAAGGAUGAGGAUGACUUUAAGUUGAAGGUGCAAAUGCUGGAAGCGCUCCAGGACAUUGAAAUAGCUUCAAGAGUAGUUGGUUUUGACAUUGAUAAUGAUGAAUCAAUUGAUGAGAAGUACAAGAAGCUACGUUGCCAUGUUUCACCUCUUCCUCAUGAUAGUGAAGACUAUCGACUGAUUGAGAAAUAUAUUCAGACUACACAUGCUCCUACUCAUACGGAAUGGGCUCUGGAGCUGGAGGAAGUUUUUUCUCUUGAAAGGGAAGGUGAAUUCGACAAGUAUGCUCCGUAUCGAGCAAAACUGAAGAACAAGAUGCUUCUCUGGCACGGUUCUCGGUUGACCAACUUUGUAGGUAUCCUAAGCCAAGGAUUACGAAUUGCUCCUCCUGAAGCCCCAGCAACAGGCUACAUGUUUGGUAAGGGAAUAUACUUUGCUGACCUGGUCAGUAAAAGUGCUCAAUACUGUUUCACUGAUAAGAAAAAUCCUGUGGGACUGAUGCUUCUUAGUGAAGUUGCCUUAGGCGAGGUUUACGAGCUAAGAAAGGCAAAGUAUAUAGAUAAGCUUCCUGAAGGGAAGCACUCUACUAAAGGCCUCGGCAAAAAAGUGCCUCUAGAAUCAGAAUAUGUGAAGUGGAGAGAUGAAGUUGUUGUACCAUGUGGAAAACCAGUGGCAUCAAAUGUCAAGGCAUCAGAGCUUAUGUAUAAUGAAUAUAUUGUCUAUGACAAAGCUCAAGUUAAGAUGCAGUUCUUAUUGAAGGUGAGGUUCCAUCACAAGAGGUGA